AUGAGAGCUUCUAUUAUAUUUAUUAAAUUAAAAAAUGAAAUAGAUCUAAGCAAAUAUAAGGAAAUAACAAUAGUUAAUCAAGAAAGAUGUAUAAGCUUUUCUGAUCCCAAAGAAUAUAUUUAAUUGAAAGCAUAAAGAGAUGGAACUCAUGUUAUUUUGUUUUAUCGUUUUGGAUAAAACUCAAUCAAUUUCUAAUAUUUUGAACUUAAAAUACCUGAAAAUAUUUAAAUUUCAACUUGUUAUGAAACUCUAUUAUUAACUGAUAAAUAAAAUCAAUUCACGAAACGGUGAAUGAUAAAUUGAAAUAGAUCUAAUAUUAACUGACUUUAAAUUUUUCUGGUAGAAUAUUUAACUAAUUUAAUAGUUAUUAGCUAUAAGCAAUCCCUGUAAAUUUAAUAAAUAGAGGAAUUGAUUUAUUUGGUAGAAUUAAUUAAUUAAAUUUCACAUAUUAAAAAGAUGGAUUAACUAUUCAUUGUUUUGAUUUAGGGUAAUCUUGGUAUAGUGGAUAAGCAUUUUAAAUAGAUUUAAAAAAUCCUAUAGAAGAUUUAUAAUACAUGAAAACAUUAAUUAAAUAAACAGAAACAAUUCAAUUUAGCUAAUCCAUAAUGGAAUAUGCUAGUAAUAAUUUAGUUUAACUAAUGGAGAAUAAAAUUGUUUUAGUGUCUAAAGCCAAUUUGAAAACCACUGAAUUUCCAUUAGAUAAUUAGUAUAAAUUUACUAUUAUUCUAUAUAUUUAUGAUGACCUAAUUUAUGUUAAAGCUUAAAAAGAUAAUUAAGAUAAUAUUUUCUUUGUGACUAAGUGCAAAGAUUAUAAUUGCUAACUUUAAAGUGGUUGCAAUCAAUUAAAUAACAGAGGAAAAAUUUUGUAUUUAAAUAAACUCCAUUUUUUUUAUGGAAGAUAGUCAGUAAGAUUUGAUUAGCAUUUAUAAUACAAACGGAGAUCCAUCAAACAUAUUGGAAUUUAAGUAUAUUGA